GUCGACAGGUGAACACAAGUGAAAAAGAUUUGUGAACAGAAAUAGUUAAAAAUCAUUUUAAAAACUCACACAAAAUGUGCGACCAAUUGAGAGGACUCAUAGUGGGAACGGUGGCAGUGGCGCUAUUGCUCCUCCUUCUAGCUGGAAGCAGCGAGGCCAGACCCAUGGACCUGUACGACGAUGUGAGUGACUUCUUUGACGCCAUCUCGCUGGACGAUGUGGCCAAUACUGGCCGCAACACCCACCCAGAGCAGUUCUGUCUGAUGCCGGCGCGCAAGGGCGUUUGCCGGGCCCUGAUUCCUCGCUGGCGCUACGAUCCGGAGCAGAAGAAGUGCGUCGAGUUUAAAUUUGGUGGCUGCGAUGGCAACGAGAACAACUUCCCCAGCUACAAGGACUGCAUGUCCACCUGCGAGGGCAUGUAGAUGAGUCCUGAUCGGCGGCAUCCGAUGGCCGAUGUGUGUUGCCAAAGGCGCGCCAGCUUCUCCCUCGACCUGCGCAAAGUAGCGAACCAAAGGCAGCAGCAUAAUACUGUACUUAGCGUUAACUUAAACUUCACGCACAUCACAAUCCAAGCGAUUAACAGUUCUCCUUUCUACCUAAUAUUUAUGUAGUUUCUCUGUCAUUGAUCCCAUUUUAUUAUGUACUUUUUUUGGGGUGUCCAACACCCUCGAGCGAUCC